AUGAAUAUUACAAUUAAAGAGAGUUUAGAACAUGUUUGUGAUGUUUUUAAUUACUUUGGAAUUGAAUAUAUCACAGCUGAAUUAUUAAGAAGAGGGAAAAAUGAUAAAAAAGUGAAAAGAAGAAAAGUUAUUAUUAAAUAUUGUUUUUUAAUAAAUGAUUUAUGCCUUUUAUAUUGUUUUGAAUUUAAAAGAAAAUUUAAGCCUACUUACAAUGAAUAUAUAAAAAAAGAAAUUUUAAAAGUAGAAGAAAAGUUUAUAAAAAAUAACAAAAGAAAAAAUGAUAUGAAUGAAAAAAAAGAGGAUAUAGAAGGUUUAGAAGAUGAUGAUGAAGAAUAUUUUUAUGAAGAAUUAGAUGAAGAUGUAAACUACUUUGAAGAUUUUUAUAUAAUAUCGCCUUUAGUAAUAAUUUUAUUAGAGUAUUUUCAAUAUCCUAGAUUAUAUCAUUUGAUUAAAUGCAAUUUUCAAAUGGCAAAAGAAUUAUUAUUAUGCAUUGGUUUUUUAAUUGAUAGUAUAAAAUUAUUUGAGAAUUUUGACAAAAGGCAACCAUUUUAUGAAAAAUUUUUCCAGAAUCUUUGCAAUAAUAAAAAAAAUAUACAUAAAUCAACAGAAAAGGUGGAUGAACAUAAUAAUGAAGAAUACGAAUUUUAUCAUUUUAUAAAUGAAGCAAUGCUUUUGCUUUCUAACAGGCCUUAUGAUUUGGAAGUUUUUGAAUGCAAAUAUUUUUAUAACUUUUUACAAAAAUUAAAAAAGAAAAAAGAUAUUGAUGAAGAUCAAAUGGCUAAUGCAGAAGAAAAAAAAAAGAAUAAAAAGGAGUAUGAACAAAAAGAGGAAAAUUUAGCAUUAAAAAAAAAAAAAAAAAGAGAAAUAGAAGAAGAAAAAGAACAUAAUGAUGAUGAGGGAGAGAAAGAAGAAAAUUUUAAUUUAGAUGAAUACAUACAUUACGAUUACUCCAAGUAUCAAGAAAAUUUUUUAAAAUUUUACAGUAAUAAAAAAUAUAAUGAUGAAAAUGACUUAUAUUUUGAUCACAAUAAUAAUAUAUAUUUAGUGGAUAUUACAAGAAAUAUUAAUAAAAAUUGCAGUAAAUUGAUACAAUUGCAAAAUAAAAUAUCAUUAAAUUUAAGCAAAUUACAAAAUUAUGACAAAACUAGAUUAAUGCUAUUUCAUAAGUUUAGUGAACUAAUAAGUACAUUUACCGAACCUCACAACGCUGUUAUUAAUUUAAAUAAUGUAAAAGAAAAUUAUAAAUUAGACAAACUGCAUAAUGGUAGAAAAAUUGAUUUAUCCAAUAAUAUUUUAUUUUCUGUUAUUACUGAUAAUGAAAAAGAAAUAAAAAAUGUAGAAAGUAAAAAAUUACAUAAUAUGAUAAAUAAUAACAAUAAUAAUAAAAAAAAUAGUUUUAAUAGGCAGACGUCUAGUUCGUCCGAUUAUAUAGAAUUUUUAGAUAAUAUAAAUUAUGAUUUUUUAAAUGAUAAAAUAACAAUAAAUGAAUUCUAUGUUUUAAAUGACAUCUCUUUAUAUAAUAAAGUUAUUCAUAUUUAUAAAAAUGGAAUAGAUUUUUUUCAUUUUGAACAAUUAAGGGCAGUUUUUUGGAUAUGGAUUCAAUCUAUUUUUUCAGAAACCUUAGUUUUAAAUGAAAGAAUAGAAAAGUCUAACGAAGACAAAGCUGAUAUAAAUUUUUAUGAUAUAAAUAAUAAUAAAUUUUUUUACGAUAACAUUGAAUACAGAAAAAAUGAUGAUAAUUUGCAUCUUCAUGUUUUAAGUGAUUUAAACGAUUUUGAAAAAAAUUACAAAUUAUUAAAAGAAUACUUAAUGCAUAAAGGAUGUACUACUGGCUAUAAUAAAAUUUCAAGAAAUGAAAAAGAUUUAUAUACAAAUAAAUUUAAUAGUAUUACGAAAUAUGUAAAUAAUUUACACAUCGAAUUUGAGGCUUUUUAUAAUUAUAAAAAAAAAUCCAAAAACUUAAAUAAUGAAGUAUUUAUUGAAUUUUUAGAAGAGAAAAAAAAAAACAUGGUAAUUAAUUCUAACGUAGAGAGAGAAGAUUAUACAAAUUUAGCUAAUAUUGUAAAUAAACACUUAAUAAGUAUUGAUAAAAUAUUAAAAUAUCAGCCAAUUUUAGACUUCAGUCAGAUAGUUGAAGGUAUAAAGCAACAAAAUUUUAUUAGAACAAUUGUUGAUAUAAAUAAAAUAGAGCUAAAUGACUGGAAUAAUAUGUAUGCUUAUCAUAAAAAAGAAAAACACAAAAAUAAUAAACAGAAUAUAGAUUCUCCUGGUAGUAACUAUAUAAUUAAUUUAAUGUCUAAUUCAAAUUAUAGGAUAAAUGAAAAACCGUCAACUUAUGCAUCAACUAUAUUUAAAUAUUCAGAUCAAUUUAUAUCUAACAAUGAUAUAUAUACUUUUUCUGAUAAUAUUCACAAAAAAAAUGAAGAAUAUUCAGAUUUUGUAAAAAAUAAACUAGAUAUAUGUACACAUAAUUUUUAUCAUAUUCUUCGUAAAGUGGAAAAAUAUAUGAAUUGUGUUACUUACAAUCUUUAA